AUGCUUUGGACAGUGUUACUACUGGUCUUGGCUACCACCACGCCCACACAAUCCCAGAUAGUCACCGAUAGAUCUUGUGGAAAUGACUUGUCUCGACUAUGGCUCGAUAUUGUUUUUGUGGUGGAUAACUCUAAAAAUAUGAAUAUGUACAAAGUGUUCGACACGAUCUCCAGUUUAUUCAGUCCAUAUGUUCAAAUUGGAACCGGUUAUGAUGAUCCGAGAAGUACCAGAGUCGGAUUUAUCACUUAUAAUUGGAAUGCAACGGAUGUCGCCGACUUCUACAAACUCCAAUCAUACUCCGAUUUAAGCAACCAAAUCCAACAACUCAGUACUACUCCCCUAUCACGUAGAGAUGAGACUUAUAUUGAUACCGGACUGGCUGCAGCUAUCCGAAUGGUCAACGCCACUCAAGGUCUAAGAGAUAAUUAUAAGAAAGUGGUAGUGUUUUUCACGUCGCAAUAUAACUACUACAACACGUACCCGGAAGAUCAAGCCAAAUUGCUGAAGUCCUGGGGGGCUACACUGAUUACUGUAAAUACUGGAGGGGAUGAUAACACUCAAGAGAACUUGCAUGAUAAGAUUGCAAGUAAAGGAAUGGCGUUCAUGAUGUCCGAUGGGAAUACUACACAGGGGUUGCAGAGGGCGUUGUUAGCUACCAACUGUUUCUGCCGCCCGGAUUGGUACCAAUAUCACUACCCACUGAAAUCCACUGAUAUCUUCUCUAACUAUGGAGUCUGUGUGUACAGACCUGCGGUGGCUAUGAACAGAAUCAGUGCUCAGAAUUAUUGUCACACAUUGACAGAUACCAGUUAUCUGGUUAGUGAGCUGGAUCAACAAAAGAGAUCUUUCAAUUGGGAAUAUCUCAACUCCAAGGGAAGCGACCCAACGCACGCCUUUUAUAAUGGACUCACUAGCUUCAAUGGUUCUUGGUGGUGGGAUCAACCAAAUGGAAUGCCCAUGUGGCCACUGAGCCCUUAUUCGGGGGCAGCACCACAACGUGCUGGAUGUGUGGCUGAUAUGAAGUACUCAGAUGGCACGUAUUCGUGGACUCCAAUAAGUUGCACAAACUUGUUUAGGUUUUUGUGUGAAAGUGUUGCUUGUGAUACGGAUAAUUAUUGUGAAUUUUAA